GCUCAAAUUUGGAGCCCAACCUGGGGCGUAAACUUCAACGAGAGAAAAGGGCACAAAGGGAAUAAAGAAAAUGCUAAUAUGGAAAAAGAAAAUUCAAAAUUCGUUUUCAGGCAGGCUUCACCAAAAUCUGCAAAGCUGUGGAGGGGAAAUUGAAAGCAGUCUGACCGCAUUCUUCCCUCCGUCACCCAGAGACCCCCGACGGCCCGACCAUUCAACAAGCGAGCAACAGCGGCUUGCAUACGGCGCCGUUUGGUAUUUUUCUGCGGCUUGCCGAAUUAUUGCUUCAGUCGGGCUUAUCUCUGGUUUCUACUUGCUCAAAUCAGUUCUAAUUUCUUAGCAUGGAAGUCAGAAAAUCUGACUUUGAAGGUAUUGCUUCUUCACAGAAUGAAAGUUGCUUAUUUUGCUGCAUCCCUGUUUCCAAGUAUACAAAUAAAAUACCACACAGUUGAGAUACCUGAGGCACUGGAGUAUUAUUCAUUUUGGCACCACUCAGGAGCUGUAUCUAAAGAACUAUAUCUUAAAGGUCCAUCCUACACUUGUCUAUUGUUGAUGGAGCAGACAGGGCACUUGAACUGUAGUCAGCACGUCAUUGACAUCCCUGGGAGCAUUGAUUCUUCACCAUCUACUUCACCUCAUGAUAGAUAUUUUAGUAGCAUAGACACAUCCGAGCAUGGAGAAGGCCCCACAAGUGCAGGAUUCCCUGUUUCUCAGCAAUCAGUUCCUCUCUCUAGUGUAUCCAAUGGAUCAAAUUCCAGGAAUUCUUCAUCAAUGAGGCAGGAGGAAACCCGUCGACUCAGGAACCCAUUGAAUUCUGGCUUUUGGAUAUCAAUUGAGCUAUUCCUCACUGUAAGCCAGAUUGUCGCAUCUAUUAUUGUUUUAUCUUUGUCAAGGCAUGAGCAUCCAAGCACUCCACUGUUUGCAUGGAUCAUUGGUUAUGCCAGUGGUUAUGUUGUUCUCCUUCCUCUACUCUAUUGGCGGUAUUAUCAUGGCAACCAGAUUCAAGAGCAAGAUUCAUCUCAUCUGGGUGAGACUUCUCAGAUGAAUGUUUCUUCAAGGACCUACCACUCUGUUGCUAGAACCAGUGGACAAGAGGAUGAUCAGGCUACUGCUGCAUCAUCCAUAAGCAAUCAAGGUUCAAGUUUGAUGAAUACAAGACUGAAGAAACUAAUGGAGUACUUCAAAAUGGCCUUGGAUUGCUAUUUUGCCGUGUGGUUUGUUGUUGGCAUUGUAUGGAUCUAUGGGGCACAAUCGUCUGCUGAUGAAGCUCCUAACUUGUAUAGGUUAACUAUAGUGUUUCUCAUCUUCAGCUGUAUCGGUUAUGCUAUGCCCUUCCUUGUAUGUGCGACAAUAUGUUGUUGUCUACCUUGUAUAAUUUCCAUAGUUGGUUUUAGAGAAGAUCAGAUACAAACCAGAGGGGCAACCACCGAAUCCAUUAAUGCGUUGCCAACGUACAAGUUUAAAAUGAAAAGUAAAAUCAAUUCUACUAACUCUGCUAUUAGUGAAGGUGGAAUUGUGGCUGCAGGAACUGAAAAGGAGCGUCUCAUCUCUGGAGAGGAUGCGGCUUGCUGCAUCUGCUUGACAAUGUAUGAAGACAACGAUGAGUUGAGAGAAUUGGCUUGUUCUCAUCUUUUUCACAAAGACUGUGUGGACAAGUGGUUGAAGAUAAAUGCGUUAUGCCCUCUUUGCAAGGGUGAGGUCGGUGAGGUCGAGGAUGCAAGAGGAUCAUCAGGCUUCGUAGAAGAUGCAGGCCAGCGAGUUGAAAAUAUAUAGUUCCUUCCUCUCUACAAAGGGUGAGGUUGGUUGAGAUUUAGAACACAUGAGGAUAAUUAGGCUCCGUAGAAGAUGGAGGCCAAUGAGUUGAAAAUGUAUAGUUCCUCGCGUAUACAUGUACGUAGAAGGAGGAAAAAAUUUUCCUGCUUAAACUUAUAUAUCGAACAUACUCUUUUUCAAUCAAAUUAAGAUAGGUGGAUUAUUUUUUCACUUUACACUUUAUUUACCCUAUCAUUGACUCUCCUCGUCAAUAUUUUUUUAAUUUAUUUUUAAAUUUAAAAUCCACCUAUUUUUAUUUGAUUGAAAAAAAAAAUGCAUUUUUGAAUGAGUUAAAAGUGCUAAAGUUUUCUUCUUCGAACGAUUCUACUCUUGCAAAAAGUUACCCCCCAAGGCCCCCCCCCCUUCUUCCUUUCCGGAAGGAUGGUUGAUUUCUGAGUUCAUCCUUUCCAUUUUAAUUUGUUGAUAUUUCCCCCUAAGUUGGCUGGUUGGAGUUAACCAGGUGCAAAUUCGUGUUGCAUACUAUAGCUAGGCAUUACAGUUUGCCGAUGGAUCGGAAUUUCUUUAAGCUGUAGUUUUUAUUAAUUGGGAUGUUCAUUUCUGCGAGAUUUCA